AUGAAAUUAACUAAAUGCUUGAGAUUACCUAUAACUUGUAGUAUAUUCACUGCUGAGGCUUGGGCAAUAUUAGCUGCUUUAACAUAUGUAAAUAGUAAUGUAAAUAAUGUAAAUAUUUUGGUUGUAAGUGAUUCUAAGAGUGUUUUAACAGCAUUGGGUAAUUGUAGUUUAGGAUAUAAACAGAAUUAUAUUGUAUAUAAAAUUAAGGAUUUACUGUACAAGUUAGAAAAGCAUGUAGAAUUUGUAUGGGUACCCUCCCACAGUGGUAUAACUAGCAAUGAGGUUGUGGACGAGGCGACUCGUCGGGACCAUGAUGAUGAUUUAACAGACUCUUUCAAAGUGCCUUUCACAGACUAUUAUACGCAGAUAAAGAUUCAUCUCAAGAGAAGAUGGAAAGAAUAUUGGAACUACAAUACAGAGAUAUUAAAUAAAGGACAAUGGUACUCAGAAAUACAGAGAGAUUUACCAAUGAUCCCGUGGUAUAACAGCUUCAAAUACAUUAAUAGGAAGUUCGUGUAG